AUGGGUUUCGCAGACGUCCUCACCGAUGCUGGUCUGUCCGUGCUUAACAGCUGGUUGACCACUCGAUCAUACAUUGUUGGUUACUCCGCAUCCCAAGCUGAUGUCGCGACCUUCAAAGCUCUCAAGUCAGCCCCAGAGUCCGCAAAAUACCCACACGCAGCAAGAUGGUACAAGCACAUCUCCUCAUACUCCGACGAGUUCGCCACUCUCCCAGGUGAUUCCUCGAAGCAAUACACAAGCUACGGACCAGAGGUCUCUGCUGUUACAUUAAAUCCAGCGAAGGCCCCAGCAACCGAGGAGGAGGACGAUGAUGUCGAUCUUUUCGGAUCUGACGACGAGGAGGAGGAUGCUGAGGCCGAGCGUAUCAGAAAUGAGCGACUAGCCGAAUACAAGAAGAAGAAGGAGGGAAAGACCAAGCCAGCUGCUAAAUCUGUCGUUACAAUGGAUGUCAAGCCUUGGGAUGACGAGACUGAUAUGAAGGCCCUGGAGGCGGCAGUCCGUGGUAUCGAGAAGGACGGUCUCGUCUGGGGAGCUUCCAAACUUGUCCCAGUGGGUUUCGGUAUUAAGAAGCUCCAGAUCAAUUUGAUUAUCGAGGAUGACAAGAUCGGUCUUGAUGAUUUGCAAGAGGAGAUUGCUGAGUUUGAGGAUUAUGUUCAGUCUAGUGAUAUCGCUGCUAUGCAAAAGCUGUAG